AUGAUGAUCCAGAGGAAGCCAGUUCCGAAGCCCUCGCCAACAAUUGUUCAGCAAAGGCUGGCCCAUGAACACAUCAAAGAGGUGAUUGGAGACUGCCCAGUCGACAAGCCCGGCCCGCCAUCAUACCAAUCCGACACUGAAGACUCGCUGCUGGACUGCUACCUCGUAUCGAGUGCGGAAGAGCCUCCCAAGCAUUUUCCGGACAAGAUCGACUUUGAUAUUGAGGUUGCAUCUGUCUUGAGUGAUCCCGAUGUGGUCCAAGCAAGUCCAGCAGAGUCCAGAUCUGCAAGAGUGAAGCAGACUUUGGAAACAGCUUUCAGCGAUGCAAAGUACUUCGCCGGUGGUCUAAUCUCUCACCCGCACGAGUCAACUCGCCAUUACACCAUCCUUCGACAUUCCCUAGGCUUGAUCUACUAUCGAGGACCAAUGACCAACGUGGUGAUUACUAUCUUCUCAGAUCAGUCACUCCCUGCCGAUCGGACCAUCUGGUUGCAGAAGAGGGGCUUCUMAGGGAAAACAGGCCUUGCCGUUGGAGCAGCCCUAGGCACUAGAAAUGCCUGGAUUGAUGUUACCCCGAUCGCUCAGAUCACGCCGGACCAGGUGUCGAAAGACCAGGAGCGAGCUUGGCAGCGCGAUAUCCUGAGCUUCACAAAGAAGGCGCGGGAUCUGAAGCAUGUCCGUGACCAUACUCCUCGCGAGACCAAUCUCAUUCGCAUUCCACAUGUUGCCGAGGAUGGGUAUUUUCGAAUUGUCGUCUGCUCGGGCCGCAAGGUUCUGUGUCCUAGUCCGACCUUCCGCUAUGCUUCAACUUCGACAGAUCCAGGAUCGCUAAGAGGAGCUUCUCUGUUGACCUUGCCAUUGGAGGUGGGUCUGAAGGUCGGUGUUAGAGUCGCUGCUACUGCUGCCAGUGCUGCUACGCAUCACACGUUAAGGCCAGCUACAGCCGUAGCGCAAACGGCAUCGAAGCAAUUGGACUGGGCCCCGAUGCACUGGAUUGGAGUCAGAGGAAGUUCUGCGAGUCUAGAAACAGAUGGAGGAUGCUCUGUUAAAAGGUGA